GGUUACAGGGUAGCGUCUCGAAUAUUGGGUUUGCAUUACAAGGAACAGCCUAUGCUGGCAUAGAUAAGCCCAGUGACAACUUUUACCAUUGUCACUAGAGGCGACGCCAGCGACGACUCAUCACCACAACACACCUGUCACACCUGUCAUUACUCCCUGCUUCGACUCUUAAUCUCCGUCGAUACGCCUUAGACGCGGCUUCCUGCGCUAGGGGUUUUGAUGAAGAAUAUUUGAACAGCAUCUUCCCCUGUGCAGCUUCCUGGCAGCCAACACUCCAGCAGAGUCACCCGCUUGAUGGCUGCAAAGGCGCUGCAAUUCCGAUAAAUGUUUAUGACAACGCUGAUAUAGUCGAGGCGAGAGAUUUUGGUGGAUAUCACCUUGCAGUAGUGCAGUAACCGCCCACGUCGCAACUUCACCAUUCGCCCCAUUUCAGCCGUCUUCAUCAUCUAAGUUUCCCUAAUGGCAGACACGCCUGAGAGUGAUGACUUCGGACAGCCCGAGGCAAAUCUGGAAUUAGAGGUGCUGCGAGAGCAAAUCGCUUUGCUUUCGAAGCAAUUUUACCAUGAGCGUCAACAAUGGCUGGAAGAAAAGCGGCGGUUACAGGAGGCAGCCCGGCGGCAGCCGGCUACUACAGGCGAUGCGCCACCGCGUUGUACACCCAUUAGUGGACAACCUCGCAGCCAGGCCAGCUCAAACUCAACCACAUCCAGCGACAAUGGGUGUGAAGUGAAUAGCAACGGCGUAAGUCGGACCGGUAGCUCAUUUGCUUUGUCUUCAUCUUCGCGGAGCAUCAGUCCAACGUGCGGCAUAGCAGGCGGUGGCGAUGUCUUGGCAGCAGGCGCCUCAGCCUCAGCAGCGGAGCUUCGGGCUGCCAUUGCGGAGGCUCAGCGGCAACUUGAGGCCAACAAGCGCCAGAGGGAGGCGGAGGCGCUUAGAUGGAAGCUGGAGCGAGAGGGAUUGCAGCGGCAGGUCCAAGCCCUCAUCAACGGCGUUUCCGGGGCCGUGGCUGCGGGCAUGCAGCAGCCGGGGGCCCUUGCCGGCGCGCAGGCGGGGGUGGCCCGCGAGGACGAGGAGGAGCGGCUGCGGCUGGGGGAGCGGGUUUCGGAGCUGGAGGACCUGGUGGAGCAGCUGCAGGCUGAACGAGUCAAUCUGGAGCAGCAGCUGCGGGUGAUGGCGGCGGACGCUUCGAGGGCCUCCCGCGCUCUGGCCGCGCAGCAAUCGCAAGCCCAGCAACCCCAAACCCGCACGCAGCCGCAGCAGCCUGUAGCAGCCGCCCCCGCCGCCGGUGCCCGGCCCUUGCAGCACUCCCUAAGCUACCCCCAGCCCACCCUGAGUGCCGCCGCCAACGCCGUUGUGGCUGCAGCAGCAGCAACAAGGCCCUUUGGAAGCAUGGCCAAGCCGGCAGCUAAGCCAGCUGCGAAGCCGGCUGCCGUGGGGUCCACGUUGUCGGUCUUUGCCUUUGCCGCAUCGGCUGCAUCGGCAGCAACUCCAUCAAGCAACAACAACAACAGCGACAACGGUAUCUACAACAGCCCGAAGGAAUCGCAGCGCUGGCAGCCCUCCCCACCACCUUCCCCAAAAACCACUGCUGAGGCUGCCGGUACUGAGGAGGGCAUCCGCACCUACACAUACGAUGACAAUCACAAGAACAGCAACACGACGGGCUGGAACACCACUACCACCAUCACCACCGCCGCCCAAAACAACAACAAGAACACUAAUAGCAACACGGGUGGUUGGGGUCUCACCCUGACUGACAGCGUCAGCGUGCCGGCCCUGUUGGCUGAGAAGGCAACCCUGGAGCGAGAGCUCGCAAAGUACCGCCGCUCGGAGUGCCUGGCGGUGCCGAGAGCCGAAUACUCGGAGCUGUGCUCGCUGAGGGGCCAAUUGGCGUUUCUGGAGAGCGAGCUGUCACAGCUGCGAGAGGAGGCCGAGGCGGCGGUACGACAGCGGGAGGCGGCGGAGGCAGAACUCGCUCAAAUGCUGCAGGACUGCGUUGCCGUACCGCGGGAAGAGUACGAGCGCUUGGUACGACAAGCCGCGGCGGCGGAGGCCAGCCAGGCACAACAUGGCAGACACGUGAAGCCGGACGCGAUUGCUAUCGCAGAAGUUGUUGCCACCGCCGAAUCUGCUGUCGGAAUGAAGGUAGCGGAGGCGGCAGAGACUGGCAUCCCCGCUGCAGCCGAACAAGGGAGCGCCUGUGCUGCCGUACAAGAGGCGGGAUCAGAGUACGACAAAGACAAGACUGUGGCUCUGAGCCCGGAGGAGCAUGGAAGGCUGCUGGCGGCUGCCGCGGAACGGGACGUCCUGGCGCACAUGGUCACGGACCUGCAGAUGCAACUGCUGGAGACGGAGGCGGCAGUGGAAGCGGUGGCUGGGGGGUGGGCAGCAGAUGCGGGAGCAGCGGCGGCGGAGGACACCCUAGGGAUCUCUGGGAGCAGGGCGGAUGCGUUGGCGGUAGAGGAAGGCGCCGAUGCGGAUGACGGCUGGUGGGUGCGAGGUGCUGCUGCUCUUGACAACGGACAGCUUGGGGACCAUGAAGGGGAUGAUGAUGAUGAGAAGAAGGAGGAGGAGGCGGAGGUGCGGGCUCCGCCUCCUCAUCGUCCUCUGCAGCGGCAGCGGCAGGACCCUUUGCAGCAAGGAGCAGCCGGUGGGGAGCUGGCAGGCGUGGCUGCUGCUGAGGGUGAUGCCGAAGACGACGGCAGCGGUGGUGGUGAUGGUGGUGCCUGUGUUGAGGUGGCAGUGCUGCGGGAACAGCUGGCGGGAGCGGUGGGCGCAGCGGUGGCGGAGUCCUCCCGGCUGAGCGCCCGUGUGAGGGCGCUGGAGGAGGAGGUGGAGCGAUUGAGGGGGCAGAAUGCGGCUUUGGCGGCUGAGUCGGGCGCUUUCAGGGGCGCCUUGCUUGCGGGUCAAGUGAAGGCCAGCGAUGAGGCUUGGGCUGCGGCUGCGGCGGCUGAGGAGGCGCGCGUGGCUGCAUCGGGGAUGUUGGCCGCGACGCAAGACCGGAUAAGGGGCCUCGAGGCGGAGCUGGUUGCUGUCCAAGCGGCCGCUGCUGCUGCGGUAUCCGAGAGGCAGGCCAUGCGGCUAGAAUUGGGUACCGUACGAGAUGCCGCCGUACGUACGACACAGGCCUUGGCGGAUUGCGACUGGCGUCUGGCCGAGGCGGAGGAGACCGCCGCCCAUGCGACGGCGGAGCUCUCCGUCGCCUUGGAGGAGCUGGCGGCGGCGAACGCCAAGCUGACGGCGGCGGAGGCGGCGAUGGCGGAGGCGGUACGACGGGCGGCGAUGGCGGAGGCGGGUCGGGCCGCCGCCGUCGGGGAGUUGGCGGCGGCGCGGGAGGAGCUGGCGGCGGUUAAAGAUGAGCUGGCUGAGUCGCGGGACAUGGAGUGGUUGAAGAAGCGAGAUGUGUUUCGGAGCAAGCGGGGGGUGACGCAUGGGCAGAGGCUGCCGCAGGAAUGGCUGACGGCAGCGAGCGGGAUGAGCGGCGGAGGCGGCGGAGGGGCUGUGAGCAGCAGUAGCGAGAGGUCUGCGAGUCGGAGGGCUUCAGGGGAAUCCAGCGCUGCUGCUGGGGGUGCUGCGGAUGUGCAGGCAGCCGUGGCUGCUAGUGCAGGCAGUGCAUCAGCAGCAUCAGUAGCCAUUGCUACUGUUACUGCAACUGCGGUUACUCCAUGAUGCCUGCUGGGUUUGUUGCAUGAGGGGCAGGUUCUGUGAUUUCAGGCACCCGCUCAGCCUCACGUCAGCGGUCAACAGGGCGCUGCGACUUCUGUUGCGUGUUGAAGGAACUGGUCAGAACGUUCAACAGCGUGGCAGGGAAUGACCAGGUUCAUAACCCUUGCGCUGUGGGGAUGGGUUGCAUGUUGCAUGGCCGGUGUGACAGAUAAGGAGGCAUGGGGUUGAGGCGCUUUCAGGCAGGGAGGAACGGUAUACUGUGCAUGUUUCCGGCGUUUGUGUGGGCAUACCCACACCGCAUUCACGACGGGUGCAAAGGGGGCCAGUGUCCCACAUUUCGAAGUACGGUAGACUUCAAAUUUAUGCAAAGAUAACCUCUUGAUCUUUCGAUUGGAAUGUGUGCGUGGCAUUGGGUUGCAGGGUGUAGAAGCUAUAGCCCAUUUUUGCGGGGUUCGGUCUGUUUGCGACGUUCACGCUAUCGACGUCUGCUCGGAGGGUGUUCGAUGAAAGCAGGUUUCGCGCAAUUCGUGUGUAUACCGGUAGAAGGCGUAUCGUUGUGGCUGCAGGGGGCUGGGGGCAACGGUACGAGAGGCACACGCCUUGUUUCGUAACAUGACACACGCGGGGCGCCUCCUUGGAAAAUGAUCGGGCCCGCAGAUGGGAUUGCACAGCGGUAAUAUGAAUGAGUGGUGGUUACAGAUGUCACAUGGUGUGGGCCGAAUUUGAGGGUCUUGACUCUUGAGCAUGUAAGAGGUGUGGUGCAAGUGGUUCCCUUUGAUGGCUGUUGUUGUGCCGCGUUUCAGAUGCUUCGUGUAAAAUCAAGAUGAAGCAAUAAUGAAAUAAAUAUGAUAUGAUCUUUGUAAAAUAUCAACGAGC